AUGGCCCGUUCCGCUUUGGUUCGGCUGCGCUCCUUUCUCUGGGGAAACGACCCCAAAGACGCCCCACUUCUUGUCAAGCUUGACUUCACUAUCUUGCCCUAUUUCUCCCUGAUCUGGUUCCUCUUCGGAUUGAGUAGGUCCAGCUAUGGAUCGGCAUACAUUAGUGGGAUGAAAGAAGCCCUUGAUUUCAAGGGCAAAGACUACAACUACUUGAACACCACUUAUUUAGUCGUGUAUACAGUCUGUCAGAUGCCUGGAACUUCACUUCUGACUAUUGCACCGCCAAAAUAUGUUUUCGUGGCAGCAAACGUCACGUGGAGUGUCUUGACUUUGAUUACAUUCAAGAUGAAUCAUGUAUAUCAGAUAAUUGUCUUGAAUGCUUUUGAAGGCGGGUUUUCUGCUAUCGCUUAUGUCGGAGCUCAUUUCAUCUAUGGAUCCUGGUAUAGAAAGUCCGAGCUCGGGACUAGGGCCGCCGUCUUUGUAUGCUUCGGCCAUCUGGGAAGUAUGGCAGGUGGCUGGAUUCAAGCUGGCUUGUUGGAGUCAUUAGCUGGGAAAGACGGUCUACCAGCGUGGCGCUGGAUCUUUAUCAUUGUAUCAAUUAUUACAAUACCGACAGCUAUCUUUGGUUGGUUCUUCAUUCCAGAUCUUCCGUCGCACCGAAAUGCUUGGUAUCUUACUGCUGAAGAGAAGGAGCAUGCCGCAACGAGACUUGGACAGCCAAGGAAAGUCCUUUGGAACCGAACUGUUUUCAAACGGGUGCUUCUUAGCUGGCAAUUCUGGCUUCUCCCGACAAUUUUUAUGUUGUAUUCACUUGCAAUUCAGAUGGAGCUUAACAAUGUGUUCCAAUUAUGGAUGGCAUCUCGUGGCUACACCAUAGUGCAACAAAAUAAUUACCCCACUGGUCUUUACGGCGUCGCCAUUGUCGGAACAAUAUUCUAUUCUGUCAUUUCUGACAAGAUCCAGUCUCGGUGGCAGUUUUCUCUAGCCAUCGGAAUAACUUUCAUUAUUGGGAGUGCUAUCUUAAUAGCCAAUCCUCAUGCAGAUACAGGUCACUUCUUCGCUUUCUAUCUUUUAGGAUCAACAUAUGCACCACAAGCUUUGUGGUACUCCUGGAUGGCGGAUGUCACUGCGCACGACUUUCAACUGAGAGCUAUAACGACUGGUUUCAUGAAUUCUUUUGACUUCGGCUUCUCGACUUGGUGGCCACUCAUCUUUUAUCCCGUGACCGAUGCACCUAACUAUAGAAAGGGUUAUAUUGCGAGUCUUGUCACUGGAUCGUUGAUCUUACCUUUGGUUCUCUUAAUUGCGUACUUGGAAAAGAAGGGUAUCCAGAAUGGGACGUUGGAACGGAAGUUUGAGGCAGAAGAAGCCGAGUCUUUUGAGAAUGAGGCAAGUAAUGUGGAGCAACAUUUGCCGGAGAAAGUAUGA